AUGGCAGUUAGGGAGAUCCAAGGUCCUACAGCUGAACUCGAUGAGAGAAAUUUACACCUUUUUGAAGUUUUAGCGUCAAGAGAAGUGAUCCAAACUGAGGCUGGUGUGGGCAGAGAGGUCCUAAGGGACUUGGGAACAUGGAUAGUUUGACAGCUAGGCAGUCUUACCUACUAUUUAGAGCUGUCAUUCAAGCCAAGACCACAAGAAUCUGGGCUUGAACAAGCCUAA